AUGUCCAACAGCAGCUCCAUCACCGAGUUCCUCCUCCUGCCAUUCGCAGACACGCGGGAGCUGCAGCUCCUGCACUUCGCGCUCUUCCUGGGCAUCUACCUGGCUGCCCUCCUGGGCAACGGCCUCAUCCUCACCGCCGUAGCCUGCGACCACCGCCUCCACACCCCCAUGUACUUCUUCCUCCUCAACCUCGCCCUCCUCGACAUGGGCUGCAUCUCCACCACUCUGCCCAAAGCCAUGGCCAAUUCCCUCUGGGACACCAGGGCCAUCUCCUACACAGGAUGUGCUGCACAGGUCUUUUUCUUUUUCUUUUUAUUGUCAGCAGAGUAUUAUUUUCUCACCAUCAUGUCCUACGAUCGCUAUGUUGCCAUCUGCAAGCCCCUGCACUACGGAAGCCUCCUGGGCAGCAGAGCUCGUGUCCAGAUGGGAGCAGCUGCCUGGGGCAGUGGCUUUCUCUAUGCUGUCCUGCACACUGCCAAUACAUUUUCAUUGCCACUCUGCGGAGGAAAUACCCUGGACCAGUUCUUCUGUGAAAUCCCACAGAUCCUCAAGCUCUCUUGCUCUGACUCCUACCUCAGGGAAAUUGGGCUUCUCACAUUUAGUGUUUUUGUGUUUUGGGCAUGUUUUGUAUUCAUUGUUCUCUCCUAUGUACAGAUCUUCAGGGCCGUGCUGAGGAUGCCCUCUGAGCAAGGCCGGCACAAAGCCUUUUCCACGUGCCUCCCUCACCUGGCCGUGGUAUCCUUGUUUCUCAGCACUGCCUUUUUUGCCUACCUGAAGCCCCCCUCCCUCUCCUCUCCAUCCCUGGAUUUGGUGGUGGCAGUUCUGUACUCGGUGGUUCCUCCAGCAGUGAAUCCCCUCAUCUACAGCAUGAGGAACAAGGAGCUCAAGGAUGCAUUGCGCAAACUCACGAGAGGGUGUACAUCAGAAGUAAUGCACUGCCUGUCUUCUUCUGCAAAGCACUCAUAA